UCUGUAAAUUUUGAUUCAAUGUCAAAGGCGGACAAAACGUAUGAAUGUCUGAAAUUAUGUUGUUGCUUAUUGUUGAGAAAAAUGUUUUCAGACAUGCAAUUCCAGUAAAUGAAGAUAUCCAAGUUAGUGUGUGUCAGUUGUGGGUGGUACACAUCGUCAGGUGUCGCUGUUUGUAAUAUCUUGGUCCGCCCAGACAGGAAGUACAGAUGAAAACACAAGGAGGUCGAAGGGUAGCUGAGAGAACUUUUAACUCGUCCGUCACCGCUUCUUGUUUACUGUUUAUUGAUGUGACCUCCGGGUUCCUAUAAAUCCGAAGAUUUAUUGACAAUUUAAAGUCCGAGGUUCUUAUCUGAGAUAAUGAUCGUCCAUUGAUGGGAAUUUUCAGAAACCUGGCUUCUAAUUUGACUGUAAUUCGUCAGAGUUUAAACAGAAAUCAUCAUAAAACAAUCAUGUCCAGACGACUUCAUGCGAGCAGAACAGACGGCGUGGAUAAAAACGUUUGGGUUGAAUUCACGCAGCUAGCUGCAGAUUACAAAGCAGUGAACCUCGGACAGGGAUUUCCUGACUUCUCUCCUCCCCAGUUUGUCCAGGAAGCUUUUUGCAAAGCUGUGAGUGGAGGACCUUCAAUGCACCAGUAUACUCGAGCUUUUGGCCAUCCUCGUCUUGUAAAAAGUCUGGCUACGUUUUUCAGCCGGAUUGUGGGUCAUGAGAUUGAUCCUCUUGAGGACAUCCUGGUGACAGUCGGAGCUUAUCAGGCUCUCUUCUGUGCGUUUCAGUCUCUGAUUGACAAAGACGACGAGGUCAUAAUUAUUGAACCAUUUUUUGACUGCUACCAGCCGAUGGUGAUGAUGGCUGGAGGGAAGGCAGUGUAUGUUCCCCUGAGACCAAGGGAGGGCAGCACGGUUCUGUCAAGUGGAGACUGGGUUCUUUCUGCUGAGGAGCUGACCAGUAAAAUCACUCCACGCACAAAAGCCAUUGUAAUUAACACUCCCAACAACCCAUUAGGCAAGGUUUACAAGAUUGAAGAGCUCCAAAUGAUUGCUGAUCUGUGCAUAAAACAUGAUCUGCUGUGCUUCAGCGACGAGGUGUAUGAGUGGCUCACCUAUGAUGGAGCCAAGCAUGUUAAGAUUGCCAGCCUUCCUGGCAUGUGGGAACGAACUGUCACAGUCGGCAGUGCUGGAAAGACCUUUAGUGCUACUGGCUGGAAGGUCGGCUGGGCCAUCAGCUCUGGACAUUUAAUCAAACACAUGAAAAUUGUCCACCAGAACUCUGUUUAUCACUGUGCAACAGCAGCUCAGGAGGCAGUUGCUUGUGGAUUUGAGAGAGAGUACGACCUUUUCGGGACUCCAGAGAGCUACUUCCAGCAGCUGCCCGCCAUGCUUCACCACAAGAGACAGAAGUUGGCCUCAUGUCUGCAGAGUGUGGGUCUGCAGCCCAUCAUGCCAGAGGGAGGGUAUUUUAUGAUCACAGACAUCUCCUCUGUCAAGGUGGAACUCAAUGAUCAGAGCACCAAGGGGGAAUCCCAUGACUUCAGAUUUGUUAAAUGGCUAAUUAAAGAGAAGGGUUUAGCAACAAUCCCUGUUUCUGCUUUCUUCAGUCCCGAACACAGCAAGGAGUUUGACAAAUACAUCCGCUUCUGUUUUGUAAAGGAGGAUUCCACUCUGGAUGCAGCAGAGGACAUCUUGAGAAAGUGGAGUCAAAAAAAGUAAACUCACCAGUCCAUCCUGUUUUUACCAGGCUGCUUCAAGCGCUUUAAUCUGCCUCCUCAGGAAAACUGUCCAUAAUUGUUUUUUUUUUUUGCAUGUUUGUCCUCACGGUUGGAAUAAGCACUGAAACACACUUCCAUCCACUAAAAGAAACACUGACAAUAACCUGUAUUUCUCAUUAAAUCUUAGUUAAAGAUUUACAUGUGAUUUUGUUUUUUAAAAAAGUAUUAUUAAAGAUUAUUUUUCUGGAAUCGAACUAUGAAAAAGUUUAUUAAAGGUUUGAGUAAAUCUUCUGUGUUUUUUAGCUUAAUCAGCACAGUGUUUGCCUCAUGGCUGCUGAGAGAACACAAUUACAACAAUAGACCCAAGCUCAAAUUUUACUUACCAAUAUAAUGUCUUCAUUAAAAAACAUUAAAACCUUG